GCAAGUUUUGAUCAUUUUUAUACAGAUUGACUGAACAUUUCGUUUCAAUUCAAGUCAUUGAUAGUAAUGUCUCGACCAAAGAGAACUGUGAGUAGCUGGUUACAGUCAUCAUUUGAUGUUGAUGAGCAUUGUGAAUUUGUGCCCAACAAAAAAACCACAUACCAAGCAAUCAAAGAUGAAAAGCUAGAGGAUUUUGACAGUUUUAAUACAAGUGUUUCAUACAAAAAGAAACCAUGUCACAAUUUAGCAGCUUUGUUGGCUGCCUGUGCACCAAAAAAGCCAGCUGAAUUGGCUAUCAGUAGACAAAAGCAGGGGGAAAUCUCUAAAUGGUUUCAGGAAAAGGUGAAACAUGGACAGCCAAGUCUUUUAGUAAUUUCUGGGCCUUCUGGCUGUGGCAAGACAGAGGCUUUUAAAGUGAUUGCCAAGGACAAUAAGUUUGAUGUUGUGGAGUGGAUUACACCAAUGGAUCAAAUUAUAGAUGAAAACAAUAGAAUAAUGCGUCAAGGAGAGAGAUUUGAAGACUUUCUCAUAAGGGCCACACGUUACAGUUCAGUAUUGUCUGAUUACUCCAGGAGAUUAUUAUUAGUUAAAGAUAUACCUAAUUGUUACAUAGAAGGAAAAGACGACUUUGCAGGUUUGUUAAGAAAGUAUUGCCAGUAUGGAAGAGAACCACUGGUAUUCAUAAAUACAGAUACUGGAAGUUCAAAGCUAAUGAUGACUUUGUUCUCUCAAAGUAAUCGUGAUUAUUUUAAAAUUGACUUAAUCAAUAUCAAUGCUUGCACACCAACAGCUUUGAAAAAUGUAAUGAAAAGGGUGUCAACCACCUUAAAUUCUAAAGCUAAAGACAUUUUACGUGUUACACAGCAACAAAUAGAUGAAGUGUUGUCAAAUAACAUUGGUGAUGUUAGAAGUGCUCUUUUAAAUUUGAUAUUUUGUUCCUUAAAAGUUCAGCACACACAUGAAAGCGAAUGUACUGUAAGAGAAGAAACUCUUGGCCUUCUUCAUGCUAUUGGUCGCGUUAUUAAUCCAAAAAAAGUAGCAGAAAAAAAGUUUUUACAAUUUGUUCACAAUCCUGAUGAAUUGGCAUCAUGCUUUCAAACACAAGCCAACACAUUUAUAAACUUUGUACACGAAAAUUAUCUAAAUACUUUGGGCUGCAAUGUUGAUGGUGCAGCUAUGGCCAUUGAUGUUAUAAGUUUAGCUGAUGUCUUCAAUUCAGAAUGGAGGAAUCAUCACAUGACUAAGUUGGCACUUUCUCAUUGCGUUAGAGGAGUGAUGAUUGCUAUCGACAAACCUGUUCCUAACUGGAAUCCUGUUCGAAAGCCCGCAAACUCAAUAAAUAACUUACAAAGAAAUUUCGCUCUUGCUGAAGUGGAAUGGUAUGAAAGAUAUAUAAAUCCAAAAGUAAAAAAACCAAUCGAUAUUGAGUUAUCUGAAUCAAUAAUUGAAGAAAUCUCUGAUUGGUAAUCAAUGAUUUCGUGGUUAAUGUUUAUUUGUAGUUAAGAGAUCAAUGUAAUUAAUGUAAAUUAUCAAAUUGAAUAAACUCAUUUUUUAUAAUUCGGCCAUAUUUUUAUUUUCUUUAGAUUAUCCACGUAUCUACAGCAGACAAUUUUUUUUUUUUUUUUUCAUACAGAUAACAUGAUUAUAAUUAUUAACCACUUCAUUUUCAUGACUAUAGUUAACAAGAUUUUUUUUAAUGCAAAUAAUUAAAAGAUACUUUGUAAAUUACAUAAUAUAAUACAUACAUAAAUAUGAUACAUUACAUUGAAUUAUGCAUACUAUAAUUUUGUCUCUUAGCAAGAAGUUUCAUCUAUUCUUGUCCAAAUACUUAUUUACCUACUUGCUUCCAUGAAUACACAGACCUAACCAAAGCCUUAAAAAAAAAAAAACUAAAAGUUGUUUUUUUUUGCACGUGCACAGGGUACAGUAUUGGUUUUAAUUUUCUUCAUUUUAAUCGAAUACGAAAUAAAAAUUCGCAUUUCUUCAUCUCAGCUAUUUCUUUCAAGUGAUUCAACGUCUGCGUAUAUACAAAAAAUGUUAACAGAAAAAUUAUAAUUGCGUAUUUGUAUAAAUAUCGUUGGUUCGCGUGUUGCUGCUUAUUAAACAAAUGCAGUUAUUGGAAUGUCGAUUAAUUCAAUGUCAAAUUAUACAUGUUUUUUGUUCAUUCCCAUAGUUACUUAUUCUAAAAUGUGGAGUGCGUCGCACAGCGACUUAACGUUUUUUCUAAACAUAAAUUCAUCUGUUUUGAUUCAUUAAGGCAAUUAAUGGACUUUCAACGGCAAACAAUUUGCCAGUGCUUAUUUGACGUGUUUAUUUUUUCUAUAAUUGAAUAACAACGCAACGAGAUAGCGAAGUGCAUUGCCUAUUUCAAUUGGUUAAAAUAUAUUUUACCUAAGUGAGUCCUAUUCAUCUCUUACACAUACGU